GUGGCUUCUGCGCUAAGCGUGCGGUCCUGUACGGCCUUUGUUGAGCUUUCACCAUGGCGUACCGCGGCCAGGGCCAAAAGGUGCAGAAGGUGAUGGUGCAGCCGAUCAACCUCAUCUUCAGAUAUUUGCAAAAUAGAUCUCGGAUUCAGGUGUGGCUUUAUGAACAAGUGAACAUGAGGAUAGAGGGCUGUAUCAUUGGUUUUGAUGAGUAUAUGAACCUCGUAUUAGAUGAUGCAGAAGAGAUUCACUCAAAGACAAAGUCAAGGAAACAGCUGGGUCGGAUCAUGCUAAAAGGAGAUAAUAUUACUCUGCUCCAAAGUGUCUCGAAUUAGAAAUGAUGGCUGAAGUGAGAAAUUGUGAGAAGGCGCUGCAGUGUUUUGGGAAAGGAGAUUUAAAACAUUUGUUCAUAUUGUUUUCAUUUAUGUUAUUACCAGAUGACAAUAAAUGUUGGGGAAUUGUUUGUAUUUAAAACUUCA